CAUCUCCAGAGCCACCAAUCCUCAGCUUUCCUCCAAAGGCAGGUCACCUGUGCCACCUGGGAGACCUGACCAUGGGUACGGUACUGUCCUUGUCUCCGACGCCUGGCAAGGCCGGACCUUUGGAUGACAAGAAGCCUGAGCCUCCUGGAGUAGGCGGAGGGUACUUGGCCAUCCCCAACAGCAAGAAUGGUGGCAGUAAACCGGAGAAGAGCCUAAAGAGACAUUCAGUAUUGAUCUCUGCCCUCACCUGGAAGAGGCUGGUGGCGGCUUCGGCCAAGAAGAAGAAUGCCAAGAAGAUAAACCCGAAUCCGGGACCUAUCAAUGGCAUGCUGCUUCCCAACAAUAACGCGGUGGAGCAACUCAACCAUGAGAACCUGCGUAAAUCCCAGGUGAGCCCUGGCCGUAGGGAACCGAAGCCAGUGCCCGUGCCCACUGUGCCGCCAAGCUCCCUAGAGGGCCAAAAGAUCCAACAGCAGCAGCUGGUGGCCGUGCAAAAGACAGCCAGCGGGCGGGCCCUUUGCUCACCACGCCGGGUCAUCGUCCAAGCUUCCACGGGUGAACUCCUUCGAUGCCUGGGGGAAUUUGUUUGCCGCCGCUGUUAUAAACUGAAAGAGCUCAACCCCGGAGAGCCCACCAUGUGGUUUCGGAAUGUAGACCGAUCCUUGCUUCUGCAGGGUUGGCAAGACCAAGGCUUCAUCACCCCUGCCAACCUGGUGUUCGUCUACUUGCUCUGCCGAGAUGCCAUUGGCGAUGAACUGUCUAGUGAGUAUGAGCUCCAAGCCUGCUUCCUCACCUGCCUGUACUUGGCUUAUUCCUACAUGGGCAAUGAGAUCUCCUACCCCCUGAAGCCCUUCCUUGUGGAGAAUGACAAGGAGGUCUUCUGGCAGCGCUGUCUGAGCAUCAUUGACCGUAUGAGUGCCAAAAUGCUGCAGAUCAACUCCGACCCUCACUAUUUCACUCAGGUCUUCCAGGAUCUGAAGAACGAAGGCGAGUCUAGAGAACCCAACGGCCACUGGACUAUAAAUCUGGACCGUUAGGGCCUAUGAGCUUGGGGGCUGUGGGUUGGGAUGGGUGUGGACACAUAUAGGUAUUACCAACAAUUGUCCAUGAUCAACCUGAAGACUGGGGCCUGCAGCUCUCAAGACUGCAGACAGUAAAACAGAUUCGACUAUUGGCGUUCAAUGCUCUUAUGCACUGACGGUUGGGGAGCAUCUCAACCUUCGCUGUGCCAUGGGCCUGGGCGCGCGUCGACGUAGCCUGCCCACUGGUAGCAAAAUGGUUAAGGAAACCUACUUUACCGGUGUGAAGAUGCACUUCACUUUUUUCAUUAUUUUUAGUUUUCGCAGAUCUGAAAAAAAAAAAAA